CUGUCAUUGUUAUCACUGCUGCUGUCAUAUCAAAACAAUCGAGAGGUGGUGACGUAUCUGGCCUCAACAAGAUGCAGUGAUACAUUCGUGAUCAUUUAAAAUUGUUUUAAUAAUCAUGGUCAUGUCACAUCAGACAGUGCUAGGCCUUUAUCUCGUAGGCUUACUGCUGUCAGUAGGCCUACAUUGCGUAGAUGCGGAAGAGAAAACUGAACCCUCAAAACAAUCCGGCAAUCCUGGGGUGCAGCCAGUUGCUGCUGCUCAAGUGACUGGGAGGAGUACUGUCGUGAAAAUAUUCGAGGAACCAGACUGCAAAAGUGACAUUCAACGCAUUUGCAAGGAUGAUAUCCGUAAUAACUUCGCGGUUCUCGAGUGCUUUCAGAAUGAAAGGAGGGAUAUUCAAGAAAUUGUCAGUGAUAAAUGCAGUCAUCUUUUAUGGAACUAUAAGGUGAACCUAACAAAAAGUGGUCGAAUUGAAGAAUUAGCAAAGAGCGUAUGUGAAGGAGAACUGAAUCAAUUUCCUGAUUGCAAAGAGCUGUCUACUCCAGGUCAUACCAUAUCAUGCCUCACUGAAGUUGUUGAACAAUUGAGAGAUGAUAGAUGUAGACAGUAUCUGUUGCGUAUGGCAGCCAUAGUUUUUAGUGACUAUCGAUUGGUGGAGAAUAUGGUUAAUGACUGCAAAGAUGAGAUUAACACUUUCAAGUGUGGGAGAGUACAAAAGCUGCAGGAUGCUAACCCUCACUCACAGGGGUCAACUAUUGAGUGCCUUACCAAGAAUGCCAGGGAACUUGGCCGUGAAUGCCAUAAACAAAUACUGAGAUUAGCUGAAAUCCAGGCUGAUGAUUUUCACCUUGAUAGACCUUUAUUUUUUGCGUGUCGAGAAGACCGGGAAAAGUUUUGUGAUAAUGUUCGUGCUGGAGAAGGGCGUGUUUAUAAGUGCCUCAUGAAACAUAAAAUGGAGAGAAGGAUGAGUAAAGAAUGUGUUGAUCAACUGUCACGUCGCCAGCAACUCAUAGCUCAAGAUUAUCAUGUCAGUCGCGGCUUGGUUAGAGCCUGUCGUAGUGCCAUAACAGAAAACUCUUGCCGUAAGGGAAGCUCUGAUGACAACCAUGAUGUGAAACUUUCAAGAAUUCUACUUUGCCUUGAAAAUGCUAUGAAAAAUGGAAAAAACCUUGAAAACAAUUGCAAAGAAGAAAUGUUGUCCCAUAGGCGAAUGUUAAUGGAGGAUUACAAGCUUUCACCAAAUCUUAUGGUGCAUUGUAAAAAUGAAAUUGAGACCUUCUGUGGAGGUGGAGUAGAAACUGGUGGCCGCACUUUACACUGCCUUAUGAAACAGAUUCGCAAUCACAAUCACCGCAAGCAAAUAUCCGACACUUGCAGACGAGAGAUGAGUACUUUAAUGAAGGAAGCUGAUGUUGGGGAAGAUUGGAGAGCUGAUCCUGUUCUUUAUGAAGCUUGUCUUCCCAUGGUGGAAUCCUCCUGUAAGGAUAUCAGAGGUGGUAAUGCAAGAGUAUUGCGGUGCUUAAUGCGCCAUCUGAAUUCCCCUGAAAUGCCUUCUGCAUGUGAAGCAGCCUUGCUAGAAAUACAGUAUUUUGUGUCCCGGGACUGGAAUCUGGACCCACAGUUACACAAUGCAUGUGUUGAUGAAGCUGUAAAAUUGUGCAAUGCAAAGAAAGACUGGGCAGACACAUCAACAAAUGUAGAGAGAGGAGUUCAUGUGCUUCCUUGCCUUUUCCGUUAUGUAUACCAUCCAAAUAAAGAUUUAAGACUGUCUACUAAUUGCAUACAUGAAGUGCAGCGUGUAAUGCAUGAAAGAGCAGCCUAUGUUGAUCUGCUUCCAGAAAUAGAGAUGGUUUGUAUGGAACAUCUUGCUCAACUUUGCUCAACUCACACUGGUCCUGGUGAAGAAAUUGCCUGUUUACAAGAUAAUCUUGAAAAAUUAAACCAAGAAUGUAAGGAGGUGAUUGGAAACUACACAGCUGCAGAAGCUAAAGAUACUGGGCUUAAUGCACAACUAACUCUUCAGUGUGCCUCUGUUGUUCCUCAGAUAUGUAAGUCUGAGUCUCAGCAACCUGUUGGCAGUGAAGAUGGAGGUCUCUUAGAUUGCUUGAUUCGUCAUAAGAAUGUUGAAGUCAUGGGGCCAUACCCAAAGUGCAAAGCUGUAAUAGAACAUUUUCAACUGCUGGCACUGAAAGACUACACAUUCUCCCCACGAUUCAAAGAAGCCUGCAGCCCUGAUGUUGCAAAGUUCUGUAAUAAACCCAAACCAAAGAAUAAGGCAGAUGUUAUUGAAUGCCUGAGUUUGCAAGUUCGGAAUGACAUUUUAGCAGACAACCGUCAUCAGGUCUCCAAGCCAUGCCGUCAGCAGCUUCGACAGCAGUUAUUUCAACGACAUGAAAACUUCAGACUGGAUCCAAGACUUCAAGAUGGGUGUGAGGGGGAUGCCCGAAAAUUCUGUAAAAAUGUGAAGCGAGGCAGAGGGGCUGUCUUGGAGUGUUUGAGGGAUCAUCGGCGUAACUUAACGAGUAUCUGUCACAAACUUAUAUUCUUGAGGGAACAGGAAGAGCACCUUGAUCCUGGGACUGAUGUUGUUCUUGUUACUGCAUGUAGAAAAAUGAUUGAACAACAUUGUCGUGCAGAAGAUUCUGGAAAAUUACUUUUUUGUCUAAGGAUGCACAAGGAAGAACUCAAUUUUGAUUCAAGGUGUCGCCUUGUAGUUAUGCGACGAAUGGUGGAACAGACAACAGACUCUCGAUUGAAUCCUGAGCUUCGUAAAGCCUGUAGACAAGAUAUGGCUAAAUUUUGCCUGUCCAUUUUUGAAGAACAGCAGAAUAGCCAAACAGAACUUGAUCUUAAUGGAAAGCUUACUGAAUGCUUGAAGGAACAACUGCCUGGAAGUAAACUUAGCUCAGCUUGUAGACACCAGGUGACCUCAAUGGCACGCUUGGCUGCUUUGGACUACAAAUUUGAUCCAAUACUUUUGGCUAAAUGUGAAGAUGAUAUGAGAGUUCUGUGCCCUGAGUAUCUAAAUAAUGAUGAUAGGGGUCACAUGGAGGAGUGCCUAAAACUCAAAUUUGAUGCCAAUAUACUAAAGCCUGAAUGCCAGCUUCAUAUUGCCCAUGUUAUUGAAAUACAGCGGGCGGACAUACAUGUGGAUCCUGUGCUUAAUGCAGUUUGUGGUGUAGAUGACAACAAGUAUUGCGAAGGAAAAGAAAGAGGACAUCACAUAGUAUGUUUGUAUGAUGUUUUGGAGAGGAACCCAAAUGCACUGAAGACUGAAUGCAGGGAAAAGUUACGAGAGCGGCGAGAAAUGUACCAAGUGGCUUUAAAGGUUUCAAAGCUCAGCUCCCUGGAAGACUUGGUAAGACAAGUAUCAAUCUCACCAGAGAGAAAUUAUAUAAUUUUAAGUCUCAUUACCAUUAUUGGCAUCAUUUUCAUUAUUGGGCUUUUCUGUGGGAGAUCAACGAGACGGUACAAACUGCUUAAGGACAGAUAAAGAUAAGUGAAGUAUAGUAGUGAUUAUGUAAUGUGUGUUACUGUAGUGAUGAUGAAAGUCUUUAAAGGGUUGUCUCAUAUUGCUUGACAUAUGCUGUAAUAUAUCAUGAAGUGAAUAUUUUCUUUUUUCAUUAUGCAGUACGGUAUUUGCUGUGGAUUUUACAAAUUUCUCUUAUUUACAUUAAUUGAAGUACCCAUCUUAUUAUUUUGAGAACUAAGGCCAGUGCUGCUAUUUUAAGACAUUGCAUUUAUAUAUAAAAUUUUCAGUUAUUUUUUUAUAUAUAUUGAUAGUAGAAGAAACCUGUUUUUAUGUACGUAGGCAUACAUCCUGAAGAAUAACUAAAACAUUUUCAGUGUAUGAAAGAUUUUCACUAUGAAAAUAGGAGACAUAUCAAAAUUUUUAUGAGUUUCAGUAGGAUUUUGCAUAUUUUAUUGUUCUCCGUGCAAAAAUUUAUAGAUACUUACACCAUGAAAUUAAGUGUGAUUAUUAUAGGUUUUAUUUUUGCACUGUGAGCUCAAGGUCUGGUUGUAAUGCUUUCAUAUGAAAAAUAUGAUUUACUGUACUGUUAGCAUAGUAUGUUUUAAUAAUAUCAAGAUACUGUCUACAAUAUUGGCUUAAUCAAACUGGGUUGAAUGAUAAAGAGCUCAAGCACAAUUUGCAUUUUGAUUCCUUACACUUUAGCUUAUUACAUUCAUUACUUUUUUACCUUGAAAUUUACAAAUUAUUUGUCGUAACUUUCAGUUUUUCCUUUUAAUUUUGACAUUUAUAUUUUACUGCCAAAAACAAAAAGCAGUCUUUAUUAAAUUAUUGCUGUGGAUUUAUCAAUUUGGUUCCGUUAUAUAUAGUUAGAAGGUGUUGUUACAAAAGAGAAGUUUUAAGAGUUUGUUUUCAAUGCUUAUUGUCACUGCUGGAGGACAAACAGUACUUUUGAUUCCAGAUUAGGAUGCAUUAAUGUUUGUGACCAUAUUAAGUUUUUGCAAAAGGUUUGUAAGAGUCUCGUCCAUUAUAGAGUGUAGAGAUUUGAAAUUUUAAAAGUUUUGCAAUACAGAGAGCCUGGAAAUGAUGUUUUUUUUAUUGUAGUGGUAUAGUGUAAUCUUUAACAGGAUGAUAUAGUCGGUUUUGUUCAGUCAUUUUGCACAAAGGUUAAUAUUAGAAUAUUGUUAGAACAAAAUAAUGGGGAAGGAUAGCAAACCAUAUUCCGACAUCAUUAGAUUAAUGCAAACUUUUUACCAAUUUUUUUU